AUGUCGUUUCAGGAUGUUGGCGUGGGCUUCGUCCAGCACUACUACAACUUCUUCGCCACCCAACGCAGCCUACUGGCCGGCAUUUACCGCCCCAAUACGCUGUUGACGUGGCAGAGGGAACAGGUGCAAGGUGUGGACGCGAUCAUGGCGCGCUUUGCAAACCUCGGCUUCGCUGAGGCUGCCUUCAAGCAGGACAACGUCGAUUGUCAGCCCUCACUAAGCGGCGGUGUGCUUGUCGUCGUGAACGGCGAGGUCCAGUUGAAAGAAGAGCACCACUCGCUCAAGUUUAACGACGUCUUCCACCUGGCGCAGGACAACGGCCAGUGGUACGUGUCGAAUCAGGUCUUCAACAUUGUCGGUGGCGGCGGCCAGUGA